CAUGUCAUUAUUAAUGUUAUUCAUGUCAUUAUUAAUAGGUUUUACAUAAUAUCAUUAUUAUUUGUACAACUUGUAUUUUGAAUAUUGAUUUUGCUUGUAUUUAUGUGAUAGGAACUAUCUGUACAUUCUAUGUUGUGUUGGGACGCUUUUAGUGGUGACAAGUUCCAGACAUCGCGGUAAAGUUUAGUACUCUGAAAGAUAAGUUAAAUUAACGACGUGUUUAUUUACAAGUAUUCUUGUUUCUAAGUGGACCCAUUUCCCUCUCAGUUGUGUGCAGCCAGCGAGUUCGAUGGUGGAUUGAUGACGGUGGAGAAUUUAGUAGAAUAAUAAAUCCAUCAGUAACCAGAACAGCGGCGUCGUGUAUUUACUGGAGGGAGUGAUAGUCGAACUCGAGUCUGCGUGAUCGUUUCCUGACCUGCUCUGCAAGACGGCUCGUCAAGACGGACUCACAGAUAAGCCACUGUUCAGUGUUAAAGGACUCACACAAGUUCAUCCGUUUUUUUUUCAUGAAGACGUCCGUAAGUCAGACACUUAAGUUUGUGUUCUGAAAAGGUGACACAAGGAUUGGAAAAUAUAAAGGACUUCAAAGGGCUGUGUGUAGCCAAGUAACAUAACAGUGUGUAACAAGAUAUUAAGAGACAUUAAUGUAAGUGAUUUAGCGAUAUUGAUAAUUCUUUAUUUCAUUGAAUAUAAGUCAUUGAUUUACUUAAGAAGAGGAUUUAUGUUUGUGCAUUUAAGAAAGCUGUUAUUUUGAGUGAUUCUGCAACAUUUCAACAUCUUUAUAAUGCCUGCCUUUAUUCUGAAGGGUUAAUUUCAAAGACAAUAACUUAACUUGGCAUAUCCUAUUCUCUUGAGUAUUUCUUUUUGUAAAAUGUUUGUUGUAAACUCUACUGUUUAUUUAAGACAACUGUCUUGUGUACAGGUUACUUUCAAAUAAGUUAAUAUGUCACAUAGAAGUAAAGAGAGUCAGUGUAAAGGAUCACUCGUAGAGCCAGUAGAAGAGACAGAGCAGACAGAUGAGUCUAGCGUUGUACAAGAAGCAGUACAGUCUGAAGAGCCUCGACGAAGUGGAAGAGCCCGUACAUUAACGGAAAAGGGAAAAGAAUUUCAGAAAGAAAAAACAAAAGAACUACUAAUUCGCUUUGACAGCAUUUAUGAACGCUGGAAAGUUUUAACUAAGGUGGCUAAGAAAUCAGUUACAAAACAAGAUCCAAGUAACAUCCUACACGAACACAGCAGCACUAUUCAAAGAGAGUUAUCUGAACUGAAUAAUGUUUAUGAAGAAUAUCGCAGGAUUGACAGCCCAGCUCACGAGAUGCGCCGCAAGCUGGAUAAAUGUAUAUCAGUCACCAAGAUUGUUGUACACAACGCGCAAUCUCAAAUUCAAGGAACAAAGGAGGAACUGAUUUGGCCGGAUGCAAGCUCCGUAUUCGCAUCUACGAUUUCCAGUGUGUCAUCUCCAGACUUUAAGUCUUCUAAGGCCACUUCCAUUCGCUCUAAUGUAUCCUCAGUUAAACGACAAGAAGCCGCUGCUGAGUAUGCAGCCACAAAGGCUGUGUUGAAGAUUAUGGCUGAGCAAGAGUGCCACCAAGAGAAACUCCAAAGACUUGAAGUUGAGGACAAGAAGAUAGUUGCAGAGCAAGAAGUAGCUGCAGUAACUCGUCGUCUUCAAGGCGAAAGAGAAGAGACUGAACGUAAGAUAGAAAAGGAGAGACAAGAAGCUUUGCUCUUAAAGAAACAGCAAGAAGAGAAUGCUGCAAGGAAAAGAUCUGUAGAAGACUUAAAAAGAGAGCUUGGACGUUUAGAGGAGAUAAAAAGACUGAACGCGGCCAGAGCAAGGCUUCAAGUCUAUGACGAAAAUGAGUUGUAUCCAGACCAAAGGCUUACUCUACAUAAGUCUGAGCUGCCUACAUUUGAGCAACCAAUUGAUCAGGUGAAUCCUGUGUAUCAGCACCCACAACCACUAAGGGAUGUGGCUCCAAGAAGUGUGCUUCAAAACGACACAAGAGAGCUUGUGAAAGUCCUGGCUGAGGCUAUAUCAGCAAAUAGGCUUCCCAUUCCAGAGCCUACAAUUUUUAGUGGGGAUCCACUCAAGUUUAACCAUUGGAAGUCUUCCUUUCAGACACUGAUUGAGAGAAAAAAUAUUCCAGCUGCAGAGAAAAUCUUCUUCCUUCAGAAAUAUGUGGGAGGAGCAGCUAAAGAAGCAAUAGAAGGUUAUUUUCUGAUCGAUUCAGAAGAUUCAUAUCAUGCAGCAUGGGACCUGCUCAAGGAACGUUAUGGUGAGCCGUUUGUGAUUGCCAAGGCCUUCCGAGACAAAAUACAUGCUUGGCCAAAACUAGCUCCUAAGGAGAGUGCAGACUUAAGAAAAUUUGUAGACUUUCUACGUAGUUGUGAAUUCGCUAUUGCUCACAAUGAGAGUCUAAAGGUUCUUAAUGAUGAUAUUGAGAAUCAAAAACUAGCUGCCAAACUACCCGACUGGUUAAGUAGCAGAUGGAACCGAAGGGCCACACAAUACCAACUGGAACACAGAAGGUUCCCAAGCUUUAACUAUUUUGUGACAUUCCUGUCGAUGGAAGCUAGUAUUGCGUGCAACCCUAUAACAUCCUACAACGCAUUACGACAAAGUGAACCUGAUAAAGCAAAGAUCAAGAACCAAACUGUAGGUGCCAAGAUCUUCACAACUAACAUCAGUGAGAGAAACAUAGUCACAUGUGUGUUAUGUAAGAAAUUAGGACACAGUUUACACAAGUGCUUCAAAUUCAUUGAAAGGACAGUUGCCGAACGAGUCAAGUUCAUUCAGAAUGAAAGACUGUGCUUCGGAUGUUUAAGUCCUGGCCAUCAAUCCAAGAGCUGCAGUAGCCGGAUGGUCUGUGACACCUGCUCAAAACGUCAUCCCACAUGCCUAACAACCCACAUGCAAGCUAACAACCAGCAUAGACUACAAGCUAGCUAGCUAUCUAGCUAACAAGACUACCUAGCUAACUAGUUAGCUAGCUAGCUUACUCACAAGACUAGCCAAGUUAGCUGCGUUGUUGCUUGCAUGCGAUUGACUGUGGUCUUGGGGGUGGCACA